AGGUGAGUGAGUUUCCGACUUUGUAGUUUUAAUCUGCCCCGGUCCUGUACACACGUUCUCGGGGGUUGCUCCUGACGUUAAAGUCCCCGCACCCGCCCUUCCUACCCCCGGGGAUCCCGGCGCGGCCAUGAGACGUUCCGAGCCCUCGGGCUCCGCCGCCGGCCAGGCAUCCGCAUCCUUUUCGGUGUAAGAUCGCUCUGAGUUGGGUCCCAGUCUUGGCCUUUCUGCCCUCUGGCCGUGCAGACGCCUUUCUCUGUCAUCUAUCGCGGGGCUUUAAAUACCUUGACCUCUUCCAGUUUCACCUCUCCAGCUUGACCUCUGCCGUGUACUCCGGACUCAUGUGCCCAGCUGGCUCCUCGACGUCUCUGCUGGCGCCUCUUACAGGCAUCUCCACCUUAAACCGUGGAACACUGACCUCAUGAGCUUCCCUAAAGGUGUCCAGGGCUCCGUGAAGAGCGGCCCUGAACAUCCCGGGGCUCAGGUGAACAUCUCGGAUUGACUUCUCAAGAUCGAUCUUGCCUGAGAACAAAGCCCAGAAGAAGAGGAAAGAAAGAGGCAUCCAGAAUGGCUCUUUCCCAGGAACUGUUGACGUUCAGGGAUGUGGCCAUAGAAUUCUCUCAGGAGGAGUGGGAAUGCCUGGCCCCUGCUCAGAGGACUUUGUACUGGGAUGUGAUGUUGGAGAACUACAGCAACCUGGUUUCCCUCGCAGAAGUCUCUCUUUCUGAGAUGAAUAUUAUCUCCAUUUUGAAGAAAGGAACAGAGCCCUGGACUGUGGAGAACAAGAUGAAAAUAGCAAAAAAUCCAGAUGUCUCUCCUACAUGUGUGAUUGAGGAAUUAUCACCAAAAGAGAUCAUUAAGAAAGGAGAAUUAUUGCAGACUGUGAUGUUAGAAACACAUGAAUGCCGUGGCAUCGAGGAUUUUGACUUCAGGCAAGUCAGGGAAAGUAUGCAUGAGUUUGAGAAUCAGUGGGGAAAUGAUGAAACAAAUGACAAAGAAGUGACUAUGACCUAUAACAAAGAUCUCACUGUAAGAAUGGAACCAUAUGUUAUAAGAGAAGAAGGAAACGAGUAUAUGACAUGUUUUGAAGAUAAGAUUGGACUCAACUUUCAGUCCUAUCUGCCUGAACUGCACACAUUUCAAACUGGAGAUAAAAUGUACGAAUAUAAGCAAGUAGAGAAGUCUACCAACAAUGAUUCUUCAGUUUCACCAUUUCAGAGAAAUCCUCCUAGUAUCAAAACCAACAUCUUUAGUGAAUAUGGGGAGGUUUUUAUGCAUCCUUCAUUACUUACACAACAUCAGCAAACUCCUAUUACAAAACAACUUUACAACUAUACUGAAUGUGGAGUGGAUUUUAGCCAAAGGUCAAUGUUUACUAAUCUUCAGGGAAUUCAUUCUGUGCAGAGACUUUAUAAAGGUAAUGAAUGUGACAAAGCCUUUAAAUGUGGAUCAAACAUCACUAAUACGGGAGAGACACCAUAUAAAUGUGAGGUAUGUGGCAAGUUCUUUCGUCAAAAUUCAAACCUUGCAAAUCAUCUGAGAAUUCAUACUGGAGAGAAACCUUACAAAUGCAGUGAAUGUGGCAAAGCCUUUAGGUGGCGCUCAGUUCUUACUAAACAUCAGAGAAUCCAUACUGGAGAGAAACCAUACGAAUGUAUUGUGUGUGGCAAGGCUUUUAUCCAGAGAGCAAACCUUGUGAAACAUCACCGCAUUCAUACUGGAGAGAAACCUUACAAAUGUAAUGAAUGUGGUAAGGCUUUUAUCAAUAAUUCAAGCCUUGUGGAACAUCAGAGAAUUCAUACUGGAGAGAAACCUUACAAAUGUAAUGAUUGUGGCAGAGCCUUUAAGUGGGGCUCAAAUCUCACUAGCCAUCAGAGAACCCAUAAUGGAGAGAAAUUAUUUAAAUGUAAUGUAUGUGGCAAGUUCUUUAGUCAAAAUUCAAGCCUCAUAACUCAUUAUAGAAUUCAUACUGGAGAGAAACCUUACGAAUGUAAUUAUUGUGGUAAGGCUUUUAUCCAUAAUUCAAGUCUUGUGGAACAUCAGAGAAUUCAUACUGGAGAGAAACCUUACAAAUGUAAUGAGUGUAGCAAAACCUUUAAGUGGGGAUCAGUCUUUGCUAAACAUCAGAGAAUCCAUACCGGAGAGAAGCCUUAUAAAUGUAAUGUAUGUGGUAAGCUCUUUACUCAGAGUUCAAGCCUUACAACUCAUUAUAGAAUUCAUACCGGAGAGAAACCUUAUGAAUGUAAUGAAUGUGGCCAGGCUUUUAUUCAUAGUUCAAGCCUUGUAUAUCAUCAGAAAAUUCAUAUUGGAGAGAAACAUUACAAACGUAUUGAACGUGCCCAGGCUUUUGCCCAAAGUACAAGCUUUAUGGAGCAUCAAAGAAUUCAUUCUGGACAGGGACCUUACAAAUGUGAUGAAUGUGGUAAGGAAUUCAUGCAUUCAUACCAGUCAGUUCAUGAGAGAAUUCAUACUGGAGAGAAAAUGUCCAAAUGUAACGAGUGUUGGAAAGCCUUAAAUGUAGCCCACUUCUCACUAGAUAUCAGAGAAUCCAUUAUGGAGCAAAAUUAUAUAGAUGUGAAGUAUGUGGCAGACUCCGUGAGUGGUGCAAACAGUUAACUGCCCAGCUGCUAACUGAAAGGUUGGAGGUUCGAGUCUACCCAGAGGCAACUUAGAAGAGAGGCCUGCUAAUCUACUUCUGAAAAAUCGGUGAUUGAAUACCCUGUGGAGCACAGUUCUACUCUGACACACGUGAGGUCUCCAUGACUCAAAGUUGACUUGAUGGCAACUGGUAAUGUAUGUGGCAAAGUCUUUAUUCAAAGUUCAAACUUUACUAAUCAUAUUAUUUAAAUUUGUUCCUCCUGUUAUUCUUGCAUCUACUUCAUCCUAAUUUAUAUAUUUAAUUUACAUUUCUUCCUGUGUCUUUCCAUGGAAAAAUAUAGAGAAUACAUAAAAUAAGGGGUUCUUUUUAGAGUUGUAAUAUGAAAAUGCAUAUAGGGCCAUGAUAAAUUCAAAGUACAUGCUAUAUAAAUAGUAACAAAGCUCGUCCCUCUAAGUCUUUAGUUCAGUGAAUUAAUGUAAAAAGAUGACUGUUCAUGAAUUUU